AUGCCGCGUCGCUGCAGCCUCCUCUGGUGCGCCGGCGCGCAGGGCUGCGACGACGAGGAGGUGCACUCCAUGCUCCGCCGGCUGCCGCCCCUCGAGUUCCACCGCACUUCUUCCGAGGUGGAGUUCGCCCGUUGGCUCUUCGCCCAGCCCCGCGGCACGGUGACGCCCUCGUCGAUCUUGGUCACCGGCUGGCGGGAGGCCAAGCCCUGCAUGGCCGCCAUCAGGGCCGCGCGCACGGGCGAGACGGGCAAUCUGCGCAAGGACGGCAGGCGCCCCCGGCUCCCCGCGGCGACGCCUGACAGGGGCGCCCUGAACGGCGUCGCCGUGGGCGCCAUGGUCAUCAUGGUGCAGAAGCCCGCGCAGGAGUCCCGCGCCCGCACCUGGCUGAGCGGGGAGGACGCCUCGUCGCCCCUCGACCCCGCGCUGCGCGUCGGGGUCGUCGUGGGCACUCGGCAGCUCGAGGCCACGCUGUCGUGCCUGGCGGGCGCCCUGGGCCUCGCCGCCGCGCCCGCCCGGCCGCCGCCGCCCGCGCCGCCCGCGAAGGUGGGCCUCCCGAUCCUCGCGACGUCCGCGCCUCGGGCCAGCUGGUCAGCGGCGGGCCCCCAGCUCGCCGGCUCACAGCCGCCCGCGAGCCCGUGCGCCGCCCUGGCCUGCGGCGCGCCGCCCGCGAGCCCCGGCAGCACGUGCGCGGCAGGCUCGCAGCGCCUGGGCCCGUGCAGCGCGGACAGCGAGGGCAGCACGCGCUCCUGCGGCGGCUCCGACAGCGAGGACGCGGCGGCGGACGCGUCGCCGCGCCCACGGGCAUCGCGCUUCGCCUGGAGCCUCGACGACGCCCAGGCGCCCAAGGCUGGCCUGGCUUUCGAGGACCUGGACCUCCGCGGCUCGGCUGGCGCGCCCCUGCACGCGCGUCCUGGAGGCCGCGCGGAGCACAGGGCAGGCGACCACGCCUGCCGGGCCCGCAGCCCCUCGCUGGACUACCUGUGGUGGGGCUUCUCCAGCCACGAGCGGCGGGCGCUGGCGGGCGAGUAG